AUGUCUUCUGAGAAAUCGGAGCCCCCUCUAGACUCUGUAGAGUCUACGAUUGAUAGUAAAUGUGAUAUGUGAGUUGAUUCUCCGUUUUCCGGUUGAAAAGAAUCGCUUUAGAUCUAUAGAGGAUCGGCAGACUUCAUGGCAGUCUAUAUACCUUCUGACUGCCAUCGGAAUGUUCUGCGGAAUUCAAUUUUCCAUUUUCUUCCCCACUCUUUGGCCCUUCCUGAAUACAGUGGAUCCCACGGCUUCUGCCUCUUUCUUCGGAUUCAUUACGGCCGCCUUUUCGGUCGGUCAGGGAAUCGCUUCGCCCGCGUUCGGAUAUUGGAUGAACAGAGCAAAAAGCGGUAAGUUUGUCUUUUUGAAAAAAUUGCAUUUAUUCCGAAAUGAAAGCGUUUGCAGUGCGUCAGCCUCUUGUCUUUGGAAUUUCCGUGAUGAUUCUCUCAAAUAUAAUCUUCUGUUUUGUGGAGGCGUUUAAGGAAAAAGAAAGGCGAUGGGUGAUGAUGGCGGCCCGCUUCUUCAUCGGCGUCGGCGCCGGAACCGUCGGCGUGAUGAGGGCGUACGCGGCCACGGCGAGCAGUCUCAAGGACCGCGCCAGGGCGAUCACUUUCAUUCAGGCCUCCUAUGUGAUUGGCAUGACACUCGGACCCGGCAUUCAGGUAUGGUUUCGGUCACAAAAUUCCACUAGGAGCGCUUCGCGCCAGAACCUUUUCGCGUUGUUCUAAAGAUCUUACCCUCAAUUCCUUAUCUUAAUUCUACUUUCCCUGUCAGAAGAUUAUUUGUCUUUCUCCCGCAUUUCCGCUCCACGUGGUUGCGUCAUCAGAUAGAGAGAGAGAGAGAGAGAGAGUUCAGGGUCUGGGUGCGAAGGGAAAAGGGCGAAAACUUUUCUUUUCGAGGUUUUUUUCGAGCAAUAAGUUGAGGAUUUACGCGGUCCAAAUAGGCAUCACAGUGAGUAGUCGAGUCAUAAUUAUAGGUUCAUCACUGAAAUUAACCAAAGCGUCCACUGAAUCAUUGUUUAUUUUCAGCCAUAACGUCUUCUAAGACGGAUUAUGACCGUUUUACAUAAAUUUUCGACAUGCCUCUCAGUCCCUGAUUUUUUCGAAUGAACGGUUCUAUGAACAAUUUCUUCUUCGACGCUCUUCUACAGUAUCCCUCGAUUUCAGGUGGCGUUCACUCCGAUCGGCUAUCCGGGUCUUUCGUCUGGCGCGAUCCACGUGGACAUGUACACGGCGCCCGCGUGGUUCGCCUCGAUCGUCUCGCUGCUUUCCGUCCUUUUCAUCUUCAUUUUUCUCGAGGAAAACUAUGCGGGUGUCGACAAAGAGGAGGAUGAUGAGGGUAAAUUUUCUUGAAUAAUCCUAUCCGGAAGCCUGAACUUUUUCUCAAAACGCCUCUUCUAGUUGUCUUUUUAGAAGAGUGUAUUAGCAUCAAUCAGAAAAACGAGAAAGUUCGUAAUUCGCGUCGUUUUCAGACCCGUACACGGCAAUGCCGACGUUUGAUACGAUAUCAGUGGCGGUGUGUGUUUUGACGCAGUUCACUCUCAUGUUUAUCAUCACCAACCUUGAAACGUAUGCUCUUUGAUUCGAUUCGAUUUGAUUAAAAGUUCCGGGUCGGCUAAAGGCGACCAACUUUUCCGGGUUUAUCAGAAAGUUCCGUUUGGUUAUCAUCAAGUCAAAUUAAUCAGCCUUUGAACCGAAGCUUAAUUCUUCUCACGGUCUCCAGAGCUUACAAUGAGCGCAAGUGCGCCCCGCCCAAUAGAGCGACACAUUGGGGUGAAAUUCAAAUUUUAGCAGCAAAAUUUGUGUUUUUUGCCAGAUUAGCCACGAAAAACCGUUAAUUUCUCAUUUGUCUCUCGAUAGACCGAUUGUAUAGGCUAAUACGAAUUUUUUAAGCGCAAGAGCGUUAAAUUUGGUCAAGUCGCAAAUCACAUUUAUCCGUUUGAAGGUUUUGGCUAAAACCGCGUGAAUUUCAGUUGCUUUUCGGUAGUUUUCGCGGUUCGAGCGCUCAAAAUGCUUGUAUUUACGUGAUUUAUCAUUCUCAAAACCAAUUCUGUCUGAAAACGGUCAAGAAAGCGCAAAAUGAAAAGUGCGGUUUUUAGGCGGCGAUGGGCGGCGAAGGCGAAAAAGCGAAAUCCGCGAAAAAUGCGCCAAAACGUCAUUUAUUCUGAGAAUUAGUGUAUUUUCAUGUCGAACAACCAUUUUUCAUCGCCUUUGACCACAAAAAUCAGAGAAAACCUGCUCAAUUCAUGAAAACGCCAUUUGGCCGAGGCCACGCCCAUAUUGUCAGCUCUGGAGAUCGUGGUUUAUCAGAAAGUUCCGUUUGGUUAUCAUCAAGUCAAAUUAAUCAUCAUCCCUUGAACCGAACCUCCUUCUUUUCAUUCUCAGAAUCGGAAGUCUGUACGCGAAAAUGAUGUGGGGAUGGACGAAUGCGCAGGCGGUCGAGUACACAGGUACCCGGAAAUUGACGAGAAAAAUAGCUGAAAAUCGAUUAAAAUUUUAAAGGCAUUCUUCAAGCGGUCAACGGACUCGUCGGAGUUUUGGUCUACGCGCUUUUCGCAGUGAAGCUCGGCGACUAGUGAGUUCACAUUUUGAAACGAUUUUUCGCGAUAACCAUCGAGUUUCCGGUUUUUUUAUAGUGAGAAAUGAUCCUUCGCAUCUUUCAAAAAUUCUACACCGUCGUUUUACAAGUACCCCAUUUUCCAGCCUCUCGCAAGCGCGUGAACGUAUUUUCACAAUUUUCGGUCUCUUUUUGGGCGUUCUCUACCACGUCGUCACGUAUCCGUAUCCGUGGGGCGGCGAUCUAAAGUACGAGCUGAAGAACGUGACGAUUCACGGCAAAAAUCAGACGGAAGAGUUGGGGUGCAAUCCGCAAAAGUAUCACUGGUGCACCUACACAAAAGACGUACGUUUUUGGCUUUACCGCACUCGUGUUUCGGUAGCCAAAUAGCACUAUUGACAGACGUCGAAGAAACGAUUCAAAAAAUGUUUUUAGGUAAACUUUUGGAUUUACGCGACAAUGUACGGCGUGGUGCUCGCCGCCUGCUUCCCGAUCGUCAACAUUUCGAUGAAUACGCUGUUCAGUAAAAUUUUGGGCGCCCGACGGCAGGGAACGAUGCAGGGAAUCAUGUUGAUGUCGGGAAGUUUCGCGCGAACCGUCGGACCGAUGCUCGUCUCGUGGAUAUUUCAGGAGUGGGGUCCUGAGCCGAUUUGGGGCAUUGAGGCAAGGAUCAAAAGUCACUUCGGCGACGAUUGUCAAUAGAGCGCAUUUUUCAGAUUUUCACCCUCUCCGUUACCGCCAUCUUUUGGAUCGUUUGCUAUCGUCGGAUGACUCCGUUGAAUUCGAACCCGAAAUUGGAGCCCUUCGAACAUUUCCACUACGCAAAGGGAGUGCGCUAUCGGAUUUGA